UAACUCUUCCAUCCUACUCAGUCUGCUCUCUACUCUCUCCCUGCUCUCCUGUUUCAGCCAGUCUGUCUGCCCUCUAGCGUAGUACUCUCCUUUCACUCACCAGUAUUCAUCACCAUUUAGGAUACAUUUACAAAAGCCCACGUAGGUAGACACAGUACAGUGCUAGUGGACUGAGGAGUUUGCUUUUGGCUGAUAGAUAGAGAUAUAUGUCCAUUGCCUUGGAAAGACAUAGAAAGUUGGGAUCUGUAGCAGUGCUGCUGAAGCUGAAGUUUCUUCCCCGCUACGUUUUUUGUCCCAAAGGAUACCUCACACAGCUGCAGAGGCUGCCAGCUCCAACUGUAGCAAACACAAGUCGAUGACUGAGAACUCCGCCUCCCAAGAUGGACAAGAAGAGUGCCAACGGCUUUCAGACCAAGGCCAGUGAGGGUGGUGUUCAGAGGAAGCAGCUGCCCUACUCAGUGGAGACUCCCUAUGGCUUCCACCUGGACCUGGACUUCCUCAAAUAUGUUGACGAUAUUGAAAAAGGCAACACCAUCAAAAGGGUUCACAUCCAGCGUAGGGUCAAGGGCCCACCCAAAUUCAGCACACUACCUAGAAAUUUCAGCCUCCCUGGCCAUGGAGCCAGGCCUGCCUCUAAGGAAAAGGAUAGCACAUGGUCUGGGACAUCCACCUUGGGGCCCAAGCCUAAAUCACGUGUGACAGAGGUCCAACAAAUCUUUGACUUCAGGGCAAGUGAAGGGGGAACUUCCAGCCAGAGCAGUAGGGGGACAACCAGUCAGGGAAGUGGUUAUAUUUCAGCUAAGCCCAGAGAUGAAGUAGGCGCAGGGGCUCGAGGCAUUGAAGAAAAAACUGUGGGGAUUCAAAGUCGGCCAAACCUGCUCCGAGCGUCAAGCAUGCCAAUCACCCUGCAGCAGAGGAAAGGCUCUGAUUCAAGCAGUCCAGAUCGUACUUUGGGAACACCAGAGAAUGGCUCAACAGAGAACAUGUUCCGUGCUUCACCAGACAUAACAGAAAGACGCUGUGUUCCCCAGGAUCGAGCGGGGCUUCACCAGCAGAUCACAGUGGCACUGAAGCGGGUCCGGGAGCUGGAAGAGCAGGUCAAAACUAUCCCUGAACUAAAGGCUCAGAUCUGCUCACUGAGGGAGGAGAGGGAGCAGCUGCUGCUACAGCUCCAAGCCCGGGCCCAAGCAGAUAUUUCCACAUCACCCUCUACAAUAGCCCCAAGUUCUGAUGCUGGGAUGCGUACCCAGCUGCCAGGACACAGACCCUCAGAAGGGCUCAACUUAGCUCUGACGACUCAACCUAUUGGUGUAACAGAGAAAAGUAGAGUGUUACAGAAAGAGAGGAGGAGUUCCUCAGCACAUGGAAAAAUGGGUGGGUUGUCAGCACAGGAAUCAGAGAGACAAACACAGCCAUCGGAAAAAUCAGACAAACAAAAAGAGACAUUACAGAGUCCUCUGGAGCAUGCAGUGCAAAAGCUAUCACAAGACAUAGCAGGACAGGAAUUAACACCACUUAAAGUGGCUAUUAAAGGAGCAGGGACUAGCGGUAUUCAAGAUGGUAAUGCAGAAAAAGCAAGAAAAUGUGAGGAACCAGACAGUAUGCAGGUGCUGCAGGAGAAGCUAAUGAUACUGGAGGCUAAACUUACUCAGGCUAGCCAAGAACUGGAGAGAACUAACAGUCUUUUGAAAGAACAAAUAGAGGAAAACAAGGUAAAAGAGGAGAGAAUACUACAACUGAGUGAGGGAAUGAGAGUGGAGGUUUGUACUACAGAGGGUCACAACAGGUCAAGAAGAGAGAGUAUUGACACAGGGACAGAGACAGAAAGAGUAGAUUUUGCCAACCAAGAGACAGAGACAGAAUCACCUGGUACAGUAGAUCAGGGUACAGAUACAGAUAGAAUCUGUAUUGAAGUGUGUGUACCUGCAGCAAGGGCUGGGAGUAUAGAUCAAGUAACAGAAAUUAAAGUCCAUGCAUAUGACCAGGUGACAGAGAUUGAGGAAGAAGUAACUGCAGUGAGCCCACCAAGACCCAGAGCCAACAGUAUGGAAAGAGGCACAGUAACCGAGAGGAUUGCUACUCAGGAUCAGAUGACUGAGACGCCAGUGGCUGAAAGGGUAAACCAAGUCACAGAAACAGAGGGAGAGACAGUAACAGACCAUCCACAGAGACCAAGAACCAGCAGCGCAGACCGAGGCACAGAGACAGAGAGGGUGGACACUGUGGACAGAGUUACAGAGACAGAGGCAGCGCACAGGACUGACCAGCAGACAGAGACAGAGAUAGAGAGACGACAGGACAACAAUCCAGCCAGAGAUGCAGGGAGUCAAAUAAGUGAAAGUACAAGCAGUGAAAGAGUAGAAGAUGUUGUCACUGUGGUCAGUGAAACGGUGGAGAGGGUGGAUGACAUGACAGAUGAAAGACUUCAAAGAGCUAGCGAAAGUGUGGUAAUGAAAGUUGUAACAGAGAGUUCAGUUGCAUUUCUAGAAAGUGUAGUUGAUCAAACUAUAGUUUCAGACAUUGCUGCAACAGGAGAAAAUAAAGAAUCUAUGAUUGAAGCAAGUGCUGCAGAGAAUGAAGAGGAGGUGAAAAAAGAAGUAGUACCCCCAAAGAGAGUAGUGGCAGAAAUUGUUGAAACAAAGGAGAUUGCCCAGGAGAGUGUAGAGAAGAAACAAACAACAGAGGGUGAAAUUGUGUGUGCAAAAAUCAGAGAAACUGUGGUCACUGACAUGGUUGUAAUCACAGCAGAGAAUGCAGCUGUGAAGACAGUAACUCCUGUAAGACCUCAGAGAGGCAGGAAGCCCUCAGCAGAGCAGGCACAACCAUCACCUCCUCAACUUCAGGAGGCACCCGUGCGUCCUCGUAGGGGAUCCAGUGAAACUCAGGCCCAGCAGCCCCAGACGAAGCCCCAGGCCCAGGUGCAAGUACAGGCUGCACCUCAGCUGGAGGCUCAAUCCCCAGCACAGCCAUCAGAACCACAGGUAAAAGACAAAGCCCCACCUGUGUCUCAAGUUGAGGAGAAGACCGAAGCAAAGAAACCUCCAGGGGAGCCUAGUGAGGAAAAAUCACUAUCGCAACCUCAAGCUGAGACUCAGGGCCCGACUCCAGGCUCCAGUGCAGCCCAAACCAUUCCCAAAUCAAUUCAAGCCCAGCCUCAUGUUCAAACCUCUGCAACUCGAAGGGACUCGAAAGAGCUAAAAGCACCACAGAGGGGAUCCACUGUAUCACAACCUCCUAGUCGUGGAUCAGGAGAAGCCCAAACCCGGCCAACUCGUCAAGGGUCAAGUGAUGUGCAACAGUCUCAGGGCUCUCGUAGAAGUUCCAGUGAGACUCAGUCCCCUCACAAAGAUGCCAGCGAGACGCAAUCCCUGCGCAGAGGCUCCAGUGAAACGGCCCAGCGUCGUGGUUCAAAUGAAGCCCAAGCUCCUCGCAGAGGCUCCAGUGAGUCACCAACCUCACCUGCGGCUUUGGGCCAAGUUGUAACCCGGUUAACAGGGCUUCUGGGGGAGCAGUGGGCACAGCUGGGGAGCAGCUCUGGAGCUCAACAGAUGGCCAGCCAGCAGGAGAGCCCCACUACACAGAAACAGACAGCAGUGAAAAGAGCAGAGGCAGGAAAAGGAGCAACAGCCAAGCCCACGGGGAAAGCAGUCCCUGCAGCAGCAACAGGGAAACCAGCAGGGAAACCUGGUCCUUCCAAAAUGAGCUCCAUACAGAGUCAACUGGUCAGCUCUCUCAGUGUCCUCUCUGCCUUCUACUCACCAGGCCAGAAAGCUGCUGCUGCCAGCAAACAGCAAGAACAAGGUCUCAAAUCUAUUAUGAAGAAAAAUGGUGUUGCUGACAAGCAGGGGAAUAAGGGAGCGAAGAAAAACCUGAAGUUUGUUGGGGUGAAUGGAGGCUAUGAGACGACAUCAAGUGAAGAGUCCAGUGGAGAUGAAAAGUCCAAGGUGGAGGCGGAGGAGGAAGACAGCUCAGAACCAGAGGUGGAGAAGGAAAAGGAGGAAGAGCCUCAGCCAGCAGAGAAGCCCGAGGAGGCAGCAGAGACCCAGGGGAAGGAUGCAGAGGUCUCAGCUGAGGGAGGAGGUGCUGAGGCUGAAGAGAAGGAGGGUGAAAGAAGCCUGCUGCUGGAUCCAGAGAGCAGCCAGGAGUUCCAGGAGGAACAGGCUGAAGGGGAGAAAGUUGACAAAGGGUUUAUCGAUGCUUGCCUCUAUGUAAAGGACCGCAUGGAGGAGGUUUCAUCCCCAGAUAAAGAAAUGCGUCAGGUUUUAGUGGUGCUAUACCAGGAGUGGUUCAGGGUCUCCAGUCAGAAAGACUCGCAGGCGGAUACAGUCAGAUUAUACCUGCGACAAGUGGGCUUGACCACGCCCACUCUCCUGCCAUAUGUUGUAAACUUGACAGACGGCAACGGGAAUAUGGCCCUCCACUACAGUGUGUCACAUUCAAACUUCCCUGUGGUCAAACUGCUGCUGGAUACUGGUCUAUGUGAAACAGAUAAUGUGAACAAGGCAGGCUAUACUCCGGUGAUGCUCGCUGCACUAACAGCAGCUGAGAGCCCUGACGAUCUGGAGGUGGCACAACAACUGCUGAGACUGGGGGACGUCAAUGCACGCUCCAGACAGGCAGGCCAGACGGCACUUAUGCUUGCAGUGAGCCAUGGCCGCGUUGCCAUGGUGAAGCUGCUCCUUAGCUGCGGCACGGAUGUAAAUGCCCAGGACCGCGAGGGAUCUACGGCCCUGAUGUGUGCCAGCGAACACGGACACACACACAUCGCCCGUCUGCUCCUGGAGACAGGUCGCUGUGACACCAGCCUUGUAGAUAAGAAUGGUCACACAGCACUGUCGGUGGCAGAGGGAGCCUCCCACCAAGACAUAGUUGACCUUCUGAAGGCCCACGCUGAGACCCAAGCCUCUGAUCCCCUGUCUGCCACAGACCUCCUCUGAGCCAGGCCGACCAUGUUUACUCUUCCAAACCACUUUCAGCUUGCCAACCCCCAACCCUCCCAUUUCGAGAAGAAGAGCUGAAGUAAAGACACGGUGACACCACAUAGGACACACUCUGUUUGACCGGUGGAAAAAGUGGAUAUGCUCUGUUUACCGUGGAAUUAUGGGAGCUCACGUUACAAAACCUCUGCGGCUGGAGUGUCCUGCAAUGUACGGCCACAUUUUUCUUCCACAUCUCUGCCGACGUGGGUGUUUAUGGAUAUGCUGCAUCAACCACUCAGUGGACAGACAACAAAGGCGGCUGGUCAGACUGAUGAUAAGACAUUGCCAUAGUGACGAGUGUGAUUGACAGGAUGUUACAUUAGGGGACAGAGUGAGGAUAUAGAAUAUAUUAUAUAUGGACUGGCAAGUGGAUGAAGAGAGCUGCUGCUGCUUAUCAUCAAACUAGCUUGUCAAGCAAAAUACUAAGCACAUGAUCUACCUUUCAAAUAUAUGAUAUUAAAUAUGACAUGAUUUAUAUUUUUUCUUUUGACAUUGACAUCAUCCUUUUCAUAUUUGGACAUAAGCCAUUACUGAGAACAUAGUAUGUGUAGAAUGUUAUUCUAACAGAUUAUAAUCAUAUACAAACACAGAAACUGUAUUUUCUACUGCACUUUUUUAUUGUGUUUGUGUAUAGUAAAUAAUCCUCUCAAAUAUUGGUGUCCAGAAGAAACUAUAUCUCCAAAAGUAUAAAUUACAAAGUAACUUAAUAGACUAGAACGUCUGGUCAAAUUUGCCAUCAUUCAGUGGAUCUUUGUCAUCAUUCAUUAGUGUAUAUUGUUUAUGACAUAGUUCUGUUUUUCAUCUGACAUGGGUGAUCAUCAUCUGUGAAAUACUGAAAAACUAAAUGGUUUGGUUGGAGAUAAAAUGUUUCUGUUGGACACAGAAGAAGUGAUUUUUAUAUAACCAUAAUAUAACCAGAUUAAAGAAAGACAAAAGUCUUCUAAUAAGAAGAUUGUAUUGUUCAGAAGGUGCUGCAUGCAAAUACACAGUUACUCCCCCCGCAGGUUGUCUUGUAGUACUAAAGCAACAGUAUGUUGUAAUACUGUCUAUUCUCAUGGUCAACAUCUCUCUCCUUCUCUCUCUCUCUCUCUCUCUCUCUCUCUCUCUCUCUCUCUCUCUCUCUCUCUCACUCCUCCAAUUCAAAUAUAAUGUAUGUCUUGUUCGCCUGCUUGUUUCAGAUCAAAUCAUGUAUGCAACUGCUACAAAAUGCACAAUGAAUGUCAGGCUGGCUGUGACACAUUCCAAGAAAAAAAAUGUAGCAAGUCUAACUGUACCGGCAUGGAUCAUGGGACUAACAGAUAUAUAAGCCAUCAGUGGCUAUACCAGAUAUAGAAAUGAGUCUGUUACCAUGUGUGAAAAAAUGACUAAUUCACUAAUUCAUCCUGCUCCUGCCUCCAGGCGUUCACAUUUAAAAAAUGGUAAACUGACGAAAUGUUAAAUCCCAGAGUGACAAAUGUUAUUUUUUUGUUCUCAGUCUAAGAAGCAAUAAAAAUUGAAUACUAUCUUUUCUCAGUCACAAACUAAGUAGGAGGAGCGGCUUUAGUCUUAAAUCAGAUGACAGUUCCUUCAUUAGAAGAGAUGUGUUCCAGGGAGAGUGGCCUUUUUUCUCCUGUUUACCACAAAAACUACACCCAUAUUCCUAAAGUAUCUUAAAGCAGGAGCACUGGUCUGAUAAAAUGUUUACAAUUCAACAUUCCCCCCUCGGUGAUCACUGCAGAUGUCAAACAGGUCAGUAAGUUUACAAGAAACAAAAGGGAUCAAUAAUUUUAAUUGUAAACAAGUAACUGGUGGCAGUCUCUGGUUAUUAUUUUUAAUUGCAACAGAUAGAUAACUGCACUCUGUUCAUAUAUGAUCUUUGAAUAGAGAAUAUAGAAUUUUAAAAAAAGGGGAAUACCACUCAACAACUGCCAUAUCUGUGGUUUAUGACAGUGCAGUCUGCAUUUAGACUCAAUUUCUACAGAAGCAAGAACUCCAGACAACUAAUCAAGUUUCAGAUCUCUGGUCACAAUCAACUCGAGAGAAUUUGUAUUUGUUUUUAACUGACAAACGUGAGAUCUUUGCUCCUAUUACUUAUCAGUUACUCAUUCAAUUUAUAUAUCUGGAUUCCAAAUGUAUCAGCUUUCUCCGAUCAUAAUAGAAUUAUAUUGCCUUGCCUCUAUAGUUCAGUCUUGUAAGCUAUCUAAAUUUAACAACUAUUUUCUGAGAUGCAAUGUGGUCUGACCACUGAUCCUGAACCAGUACUCUCAUUCCUGGACACUUUAUAAAUAUGGGUGCUAAUAUGGGACUCUGUAGACUGACAUGAAGAUAGACUUAUUAUAUAAAGUAUCUCAGAUAUAUAUUAGUGGCUGCAUUUACUUAACAAUGAGAAUUUUUUAACAGUGGCUUAGUAAUCAGAUCAUCUUCAUUUGUUGAGUCACGACGUAGCACAGAUUCUCAACACUGAGGUUGCAUUUACACAGGAUCAGUAAGUCUGGAUUUUAAUUCUCUGCAGCACAUCUGAUCAUUACUUCUUGUCUGUAUUUUAAGGGAUCAAAAAUUAGUCUGUGUAGCUUCCUCACAACACUGACAGCUAAAGGAUGAUCUGAUCUGUGCUGUGACAAGUAUCUGGUGUAUCUGGUCUUCCGUGCCUGUGUAUUAAGUCUUAAAAUUGCAUCCAUAUGUUUAAUCCAGUGUGACCCAGAUGUAAUAAGGUUUCAUAACUGGCUGAACACCAAAGACCUGAAAUCAAAAUCUGUUUCACAUGGGGUUAAAUAUAUAUUUUAUCUGUUCCUGUAAAUCCAGCCAAAUACAUGUACAUACAGUAUUGUGAAGAGUAUAACAAGUAUUGUCUGACAGUUUGCUCUAAAAAUAAUAUUAAGUAUUUAUUCCAAAUGCUAUAUUUUUUACCAUAUAUAGUAUACUUAUGUAUGCAUGGACAAAUAUUCCAGUGGUUCUAUUGGAGGGGAUUGGGAUGAUUAGACAUUAUGCUGAGUGUUCCCUGAUGAUGUGAUUAUCUGACAUAACUUUGCCUGGUUGGGUGGUAUAGUAAAUGCGUGAUUUGAUGAGGUUGUGGACUGUGUCAUGUGCCCUUUAAUGCUACCUUUGAAAUUGCGGGGGAAAAUACGAAGCAGGUCCGACACUGGUCUAAGCUAUAAGGGCAGGGUCUCCCUUGUUUGAAUACCCGUCUGAAAAUCGGAGUCUAAGUACAUGACAGAGUCAAAUGUAAAAACCUGUACCUCUCUGUAAUAUUCCUUGUACAACGGGCUUGUAUGUUACAAACCAGAGAACUACUUCUAAAUAAAUAAAUACUAAGAUUUAAAACUUA